AUGCUUGUACACAUGCUUGCCGCCAUGUUUGUACCUGCUCCCGCACCCAUACCCACACCCAUACCCACACCCAUACUCACACCCACAACCACACCCAUAACCACACCCAUAACCACACCCAAUACCUACAGCCAUGCCUGCAGCCGCAGCCGCACCUGCACCUUUCCUCGCACCGCGUCUCGCACCUAUACUGCGCCAGUAGCUUGGACUGUACCCAUACCUGCACCUGCACCCGCACCCGCACCUGCACCCGCACCCGCACCCACACCUUUUUUCCUUACACCCACAUCUCGUACCCAUACCAUAUUGGCUCGCACCUGCCCCCGCUCAUACCCACCCCCCCUGCACCAUGCCCAUACCCACAACUUCACAUGCACCCACAACUCUUGUACCUGCACUUGCACCCAUGCCUCUCAUACCUGCACUCACACAUGCGCCGAGACCCAUACCUGCACCCACAUCCAAGCAGCCUCGCUGGUGUACCCAUAUGGCCACCCCACACCCUUACAUGUUCUUGCGCCUAUCGCCAACUUGCACUCGCACUUACCCCCAUCCUCAUGCUUGCCUCAUCCUGGCAUCUGCCCCAUCUUGGCACCCAACCCCAACCUCGCCCCAACAUCCAUUGGACACUCCGCGCCGCCCACGUCAGCCCAUGCCCAUCCUGCUUGGAUGGACAAAGAGAAGGAUGAUGAGAUGGUGAAACCAGAGCUAUUGAAUGAGCACCCCCCUGGCCCCAUCGUCUUCUUCACCAAUCCCUAUAAUGACCACCCCCCUGCUGCGUCCAUGCCCACUGCACCCAUGCCCACUCUCAUACCCAUUGCCUCCCUUGGAUGUACCCAAACAAGGCCCCAGCCCUCCCUAAAGCUCAACAUCACCAAUGCCUGUGGGGCUGAGCUCAAGCAACUUUUCGGCCCACGAGAUCCGGUUGCGGAUGCCGUUAACCACCUCGAGAAUCUCACCUUCCGAGACUCCGGCAAAGCAACGCGAUACACCUUGGAAUUCAACCAUACUACAAAGGACUUCCGAACCGGAUCAAGGACGAAUUUCCUCGUAUGGGCAAGCCAACCACCCUCAUUAGUUUGCAGCGAACCGCCCAAGAACUUGAUCAUCGCUAUUGGGAGCGCCAAAAUGAGAUCAAUCGCGAAAAGCGCAAAGACAACGCCAACGGCAAGUCCGGCACCAGCAACAACAACAGCAGCAACAAGCUCCGGCUCAUCAAACUCCAAAGGCAACUCAGCCGGGUCGUCUUCCGGCUCCGGCUCUUCGAACUCCAAGUCUGGCUCCAACUCCAGCAACAACAGCAAGGAUAAGGAUAAGUCAAAAUCCAAAGGCUCUUCUUCGGAUAAGCCAAAUCCUCUGGCUGACAAGUUGGGUGCCGACGGAAAGCUCAAGCCUGAGGAACGUGAACGCCGGCUCAAGGGAGGCCUCUGCCUCUUCUGCGGCAAAGCUGGCCAUGUUGCUUCCGACUGUCGCAAGCGUAACUCCGCCAAAGGUCGCGCCUCGUCUACUACGGCCGCUCCUCCUUACACCGCUUCCGCACCUGCCGCUCCGGCUGCGAAGGACACUAAGUCCGGAACAGCAAAAGAAUUCUGGCUCCAUUUCAUUGACACUAAUUUCGUAUCUAUACAUAAUGUCUCCACUUAUGAUAUACCUCCUUUAGCCUUACGCCUCCUUGAUGGGACUGUUAACACUUGGAUAACCCAAGCUGCCGACAUCCCUAUCCGAUAUCCGACCGGCGACAUUCUCUCCUCGACCUUCUUUGUCACUAAACUGGAUUCUUCAUGUGCCCUAGUGUUUGGAUACAAUUGGCUGCUCGCCUUUGCACGCGCCUGCCGUCUUCCGGGGUCAGUCUCGUUCCAACUGGCCCUAUCCGGCGACGGUUCGGUCUCGGCUCGCUCUUUGGCUACCGACAACCCGGAACCCGUCGACCUCUCUUCCGUCCCGGAAGACUACCACGAAUUUCCGGACGUGUUCAGCAAAUCCAAGGCCGACACCCUCGCACCUCAUCGUCCCUAUGAUCAUCGCCUAGCGGUGCCCGAGCCGCCCCUCGGCCGGAUGUAUUCUCUCUCCCCUACCGAACUUCAAGCCUUGCGAGAGUUCCUGGAAGAGAAUACUCGAUCCAAGUUCAUCCGACCAUCCAACUCGUCUCAUGGAGCCCCUAUCCUCUUUGUUCGGAAGAAGGACGGCUCUCUUCGGCUCUGUGUUGACUACUGCGGCCUUAACAAAGUCACCAAGAAGGACCGCUAUCCCCUCCCGCUCAUCUCCGACCUGUUGGACGCUCCCGGCAAAGCCAAGGUUUUCACCAAGAUCGACCUUCGGCACGCCUACCACCUGGUCAGAAUUGCGGAUGGCGACGAAUGGAAAACCACGUUCCGGACCCGCUACGGCUCGUUCGAAUGGAGGGUUAUGCCGUUCGGCUUAUCCAACGCUCCGGCUGCUUUCCAGCGAUUCAUGAACGACAUCUUCUCGGAUCUCAUCGAUAUUUCGGUCAAGAUCAUCCAGGACUGGCCCGAGCCACGGAAAGUCAAGGACAUUCAGUCCUUCCUCGGCUUCGCCAAUUUUUAUAGACGGUUCAUUUACAAUUAUUCCGACAUCUGCGUUCCUCUCACCCGGCUCACUCGGAAAGGUGUUCCCUUCAAGUUUUCUGAUGAAGCCCGGGAAUCGUUCAACUACCUCAAGAAAGCCUUCACUACGGCUCCUGUCCUCACCCAAUGGAUUCCGGAUCGGCCCAUCAUCCUCGAAACCGACGCUUCCGACUAUGCCCUCGCUGCUAUCCUCUCUAUCGAGCUGACCAAUGGAGAAAUCCACCCGGUUGCUUUCCACUCCCGUACGUUCAAUCCAACCGAACUCAACUAUGACGUCCACGACAAGGAACUUUUCGCAAUCUAUGAAUCGUUCCGGAUCUGGCAGCACUACCUGGAAGGCUCCGGCACUCCCAUCGACGUUGUUACCGACCACAAGAACCUUGAGUAUUUCGCUACCACGAAACUCUUGAACCGUCGGCAGGCACGUUGGUCCGAGUACCUAAACGAUGGGACGUCUACCUUAAAGAGGGAGGUAGCGACUACGCCACUGUCAACCCCCACAACUUCCGUCCAGUAUUUACCCAGGAACAGCUGGCUACGUCCCUCCGAGCGUCAACUCUGA